CUCUGUGCCCAGUGUGAGCUACGCCACUCAAGAAGCCAUUGUCUUCCCCGCUCCCACAGUACUAGCUAACCCUGGUCCUCCCCCUUUGCCCACACAGGACACAUCCCCGUUCUCGUGCCCCGUAGGUGACUACGAAGCUUGCAUGGGGCCCUGUGGAGUUGGAAGGCCAGAGGUUUGGCUGUUUUGCUUGAGACCUGGUUAUGGUUGUGGGAAUUUUUUUUUUCUUUUCUGUCAGCUGCCUGUUAUAUCAAUCACGGAGUCGGGAUCUAUUUAUAGUUUGAGAGUACUGUGUCCUUAGUCACAAAGAGACACAGACAGGGGACUGUCAGCUGGUGUCGGAGGAGCCAAGCAAAGAGUCAUGAGCCUCUGGAACACCUGAGGGUAACCUUUCCUCGCAGCCCCGUCCUCCAGCCAGCCCAACCAUAUCAGUGCUUCUCAGCCUCCUUAACGCUGCCACCCUUUAAUGAAGUUCCUCUCGCUGGGACGACCUCUGCCCAAACCGCUGCUGAACCGAAUGUCCUCCGAAGACAGGCACCUGGGCUCUAGCUGCGGCUCCUUCAUCAAGACGGAGCCAUCCAGCCCGUCCUCGGGCAUUGAUGCCCUCAGCCACCACAGCCCCAGCGGCUCGUCAGACGCCAGUGGUGGCUUUGGCAUGGCCUUGGGCACCCACGCCAACGGUCUGGACUCGCCGCCUAUGUUCGCAGGUGCGGGGCUGGGAGGCAACCCGUGCCGCAAGAGCUACGAGGACUGUACUAGUGGUAUCAUGGAGGACUCGGCCAUCAAGUGCGAGUACAUGCUUAACGCCAUCCCCAAGCGCCUGUGCCUCGUGUGCGGGGACAUUGCCUCUGGCUACCACUACGGAGUGGCCUCCUGCGAGGCUUGCAAGGCGUUCUUCAAGAGAACCAUUCAAGGAAACAUUGAGUACAACUGCCCCGCCACCAACGAAUGUGAGAUCACCAAACGGAGGCGCAAGUCCUGUCAGGCCUGCCGAUUCAUGAAAUGCCUCAAAGUGGGGAUGCUGAAGGAAGGUGUGCGCCUUGACCGAGUGCGAGGAGGCCGACAGAAGUACAAGCGACGGCUGGAUUCGGAGAGCAGCCCCUACCUGAACCUGCCGAUUUCCCCACCUGCUAAAAAGCCAUUGACUAAGAUUGUCUCAAAUCUACUGGGGGUUGAGCAGGACAAGCUGUAUGCUAUGCCUCCCAACGAUAUACCCGAGGGAGAUAUCAAGGCCCUGACCACUCUCUGUGAACUGGCAGAUCGGGAGCUUGUUUUCCUCAUUAACUGGGCCAAGCACAUCCCAGGCUUCCCCAGUCUGACACUUGGGGACCAGAUGAGCCUGCUGCAGAGUGCCUGGAUGGAGAUCCUCAUCCUGGGCAUCGUGUACCGCUCGCUCCCAUACGAUGACAAGCUGGCCUAUGCUGAGGACUAUAUCAUGGAUGAGGAGCACUCUCGCCUGGUAGGGCUGCUGGACCUUUACCGAGCCAUCCUGCAGCUGGUACGCAGGUACAAGAAGCUCAAGGUAGAGAAGGAAGAGUUUAUGAUCCUCAAGGCCCUGGCCCUCGCCAACUCAGAUUCGAUGUACAUUGAGAACCUGGAGGCGGUGCAGAAGCUCCAGGACAUGCUGCACGAGGCGCUGCAGGACUAUGAGCUGAGCCAGCGCCACGAGGAGCCGCGGAGGGCUGGCAAGCUGCUGCUGACGCUGCCCCUGCUGCGGCAGACAGCCGCCAAAGCUGUGCAACACUUCUACAGCGUGAAACUGCAGGGCAAGGUGCCCAUGCACAAACUCUUCCUGGAGAUGCUGGAGGCCAAGGUGUGAUGGCCCAGCACACGGACGGACUGACACGAUCCAAGUGGAGACCUCCACAGUCACCAGCCUCGACUUUUUUCACACCUGCAUCGGGGCUCCGAGCUGUCCCAGAAGAAGGGGUCUUCUUGCUUCCUGGCCAUGU